CCCACAAGUGGCAUCUCUUACAUGCUUGUCCUUUUGAAGGCAGCUGCCAGCUUUGCCCAGUAGCUAACAUGUGUCAGGUGGUUCUGAGUGAAAGAGCUGGGGGGAAAACCAGGAUUCUCUGUUAACGAGGGGUCUGGGGGCUCUUGAGUAGGCCUCAUCCAAGUCUCAGGGAGCCAGGAAUUCCUAAUGAAGGAGAGAGGAUGUUUAACCAGAAGCCUGCUCUUGUCCUUGAUUGGAGCAUGUUCUGGGUGGACAUGGGGUGAUUGUGGGGGGCGGGCAGGGGGGCUGUUGAGCAUUCCUGGACUUGGAGCAGUGCCAAAACUUCCUUAGUCCUGGACUCGUUUGGUGAUCUGCAGCAGCUUUUCCUGUGUCCUGGUCCAGGACCAACUUCCCCCAGUGCCCAGCUCUGUGCCUUAUGCCCAGGGAUGCUCAAUCCAUCCAUAUGAAGUGAAAUAAAAGGCCCUUGAGGCUCUUGGAUGCCAGAGGUGGUCUGGCCAGUGCCGCCCAGUGCUCUCCUGACUCCCAGACCCCUGCCAGGUGCUAACAACGCGCUCCUCAUGGAGGGAGCAGCGCUGAGGGUCUGAAUGGCGUGGAGAGAGCAGGCCUCUUCUGAGAGACAUGUAAGACCUUGAACGGUCAGCCAAGGCCUGUGUGGGGACAAGGUGGAGGGGGAAGUGGCCCACAUUAUUUCUGGGGUCAAAGAAGAACCUUGCAUUGCAUACUUUACCUGCUGGCAGUGCCUGAGGCCCCACCACUGAAAACCCACUUCUUUCCAGAGAGAGACUUCAUGGCGUUUAAAGCUGUCAGUCCAUUUCACAUUUGUUUGAAUGAAUUUUAGAUAUUUCUCAAGAGCUGAUUUUUAAUUAGAAUUGAGCAGCUAAACACAGUACUCCAGCAGAAGGGCAGAAGUGCUCAGAAAGGGAAGCCAAGGUUACUGGAGUUGGCUCCAGCCAGCCCUUUCACAGCCAGCUGGUUCCUGCCCCAGACUGACUCCUCAUCCAGAGACUCAGCAGGCUCCAGGGUUUAUCUUACUGCAUAGGUGCUGCCAGCCCCCGAUGGGGCCUGACCUGGUGGGGCAUCACCCCACAAUGAUAGCCUCAGUGUGGGGGUGGCUGGUUGGCCCUCGAGGCUUGACUGUCCUGCUGACUGUGCUCUUGGCACUGUGUAUUGUGGUCCCAUGGGGGCAUCCAUCCCUUCCUGUCAACCUGAUACCUUUGCUGGCUCCAAAUUUUGCAGUCUAUUUUCAGAUGUAAAACGAGAGGCAGGUUAAUAAGGAAAUGGCCUUGGGUACUAACUGGGGUCAAGGCUGUGCUAGUUUGAGUAAACCCUUUACCAUCUCUGGCUUGAGGCCAGCAGCUCCCCAGUCCUCUGUGAUCUAUCUGGAACUGUGCCCAGUGGGAACUGCCCCCACUCCCAAGCUCAGCGCUGGGGAGUCCGCUCAGCCCUGAGUCCUCCGGAGAGCAGGGGGGCAGAGCUGAGCGGCCGCCCGAGGCUCAGCAGGAGGAGGGGCCGGCAGAGGGGGAGGUGGGGAGAUCCGGCUAGAGGGGAGGCUCCAACGUCUCCUUCCUUCCUGGUUCCUGCAGCAGCUGCUGCCGCUGCUCAGCUCAGCUCGGAGAGGAGAGAGCAGGCGACUUAGAGACGGUGACUCAGAGACGGAGCAGCGCGCGGGCCAAGGAACACUGGCGUCCAUGGACCCUGGGGCAAUGAGGGGCCAGGACCCCACAGGGCCAGGAAAGAGACACAGAGAUACCCAAGCACCGGAAGAGUUUGGGAACUUUCAAUGGCUGAAUGCAGGAGUUUCCCCUUGGGGCCUCAUCAGGACAAGGUGACAUCGUUUCCCUUCCACUCUGCUCUACGUCCUCAGCGGGGAGUGGCCGCUGCCUUCUCCAUGGACUUCCAAGAGAGGGUCCCUCCCUCCCUGGCCGUGAGCACUCAGUCUGCAAAGCCUGGCAGUGUCCAGCAGGUCUGAGGGUCUCUGAGCUGUGGGAGGUUGUGGAGGAGCCUCGGGGCCGGCUAGGGGCAGAGGGUAUCAUGCCCGAGAGGCAGGAAGGCCACCUGCUCAAGAAGAGGAAGUGGCCUCUGAAGGGCUGGCACAAGAGAUACUUUGUGCUCGAGGAUGGGAUCCUUCACUAUGCGACAACUCGGCAAGAUAUCACCAAGGGGAAGCUUCAUGGCUCCAUUGAUGUCCGACUGUCUGUCAUGUCCAUCAACAAAAAGGCCCAGCGCAUUGACCUUGAUACCGAGGACAACAUCUACCACCUCAAGAUCAAAUCCCAGGACCUGUUCCAGAGCUGGGUGGCCCAGCUGCGUGCCCACCGCCUGGCCCAGCGCCUGGACAUGCCCCGAGGCUCGCUGCCAAGCACCACUCAUCGGAAGGCUGCUGGUGCACAGCUUCCAACAGUCAGUGGUGCCUCGGCUCUACCUGGGGUUGGCUCCCGGGAGAAGGUGUCUUCCUGGCUGAGGGACAAUGAUGGGCUGGACCGCUGCUCUCAUGAGCUCUCUGAGUGUCAGGGGAAGCUCCAGGAACUACACAGACUCCUGCAGAGCCUGGAGUCCCUGCACCGGAUCCCCUCAGCCCCUGUUAUCCCCACACACCAGGCCUCAGUGACAACCGAGAGACCCAAGAAGGGGAAACGGACCAGCCGCAUGUGGUGCACACAGAGCUUUGCCAAGGACGACACCAUUGGACGGGUUGGUCGUCUCCAUGGCUCUGUUCCCAACCUGUCUCGCUACCUGGAGUCCCGGGACCCCUCAGGCUCCCGCGGGCUGCCACCCCCAGACUAUGCCCACCUGCAGCGCAGUUUCUGGGCCCUGGCCCAGAAGGUGCACAGUUCCCUCAGCAGUGUCCUGGCCGCCCUCACUGCUGAACGGGACCGACUGAGGGACCUGCACCAGGGUUCAGAGCUGUCAAGGAUGGGGGUCUCUGAGGCCUCAGCUGGCCCGAGGCGCCUCCACUCACUGUCCAUCUCCUCGGACACCACUGCAGAUUCUUUCAGCUCCCUCAACCCCGAGGAGCAAGAAGCUCUGUACAUGAAGGGGCGGGAGCUGACACCCCAGCUGUCCCAGAGCAGCAUCCUGUCCCUCGCUGAUUCCCACACGGAAUUCUUUGAUGCCUGCGAGGUUCUCCUUUCUGCCAGCUCUUCUGAGAAUGAGGGCUCAGAGGAGGAGGAGUCGUGCACCAGUGAAGUCACCACCAGCCUGUCCGAGGAGGUGCUGGACCUCAGGCUUGCUGAACGCUGUCAGAAAGGGGGGUGUGUUCCAGGGAGAGCUGCAGGGCCACCCCGCCGCCGCUGCCUGCCAGCGGCCAGCGGGCCUGGGGCUGACGUUAGCCUGUGGAACAUACUGCGUAACAACAUUGGCAAGGACCUGUCAAAGGUGUCGAUGCCCGUGCAGCUCAACGAGCCGCUCAACACCCUGCAGCGGCUCUGCGAGGAGCUCGAGUACAGCAGCCUCCUGGACCAGGCCAGCCGCAUAACCGACCCCUGCGAGCGCAUGGUGUACAUCGCAGCCUUUGCUGUCUCUGCCUACUCCUCCACGUACCACCGGGCGGGCUGCAAGCCCUUCAACCCUGUCCUGGGGGAGACCUAUGAGUGUGAGCGUCCUGACCGGGGCUUCCGCUUCAUCAGUGAGCAGGUCUCCCAUCACCCCCCCAUCUCAGCGUGCCAUGCGGAGUCUGAGAACUUCAUCUUCUGGCAAGACAUGAAGUGGAAGAACAAGUUCUGGGGCAAAUCCCUGGAGAUUGUGCCUGUGGGGACAGUCAAUGUCAGCCUGCCCAGGUUUGGGGACCACUUUGAGUGGAACAAGGUGACGUCCUGUAUUCACAACAUCCUGAGUGGCCAGCGCUGGAUCGAGCAUUAUGGGGAGGUGCUCAUCCGGAACACGCAGGACAGCUCCUGCCACUGCAAGAUCACCUUCUGCAAGGCCAAGUACUGGAGCUCCAACGUGCAUGAGGUGCAGGGUGCUGUGUUCAGCCGGAGCGGCCGUGUCCUCCACCGCCUCUUCGGGAAGUGGCACGAGGGGCUAUACCGGGGACCCCCGCCCAGCAGUCAGUGCAUCUGGAAACCCAACUCGAUGCCCCCAGACCACGAGCGGAACUUCGGCUUCACUCAGUUUGCCCUGGAGCUGAAUGAGCUGACGGCAGAGCUGAAACGGUCGCUGCCUUCCACGGACACGCGGCUCCGGCCGGACCAGAGGUACCUGGAAGAGGGGAACAUACAGGCCGCUGAGGCCCAGAAGAGAAGGAUCGAGCAGCUCCAGCGAGACAGGCGCAGAGUGAUGGAGGAGAACAAUAUCAUCCAUCAGGCUCGCUUCUUCAGGCGGCAGACGGACAGCAGUGGGAAGGAGUGGUGGGUGACGAACAACACAUACUGGCGGCUUCGGGCCGAGCCAGGCUACGGGAACCUGGACGGGGCUGUGCUCUGGUAGCCCUGGCCCUGGGGGCAGGAGGCUCUGCUUCCUCCCUCCUGCCUCCACCCCCACCACGGACACAUGGGCAAAGACAGGCUCCCCGACUCACCGCCCUAGAGACCAAAGGGGCCCCCUGGCUCUGGCCGUUCCCCUCUGCUGGCCAGAGGGGCUGCAUCUCAGCCCAUCGCCCUCCCUGUAUUUGAGGUGGGAGUCAGGAUUCGUGCUUCCCCAGUUUUGUUGCCCCGGACAACCAGCAUGUAAGACCCUUCUUGCUCUGUCAUCCCCCUCCCUGUCCCCUGGGUACUUGGGGGAGACUCCAGGCUUUCCAGGAUCUGUUCCCCAUUUCAGUGCCUUCUAGGACACAGGGGACCCCUUGAUGCCCCCAGGCUUCCUGUGCGCAGGGCUCUGGCCCCAGCUGUGUGGUUGGAGUGAGUGAGGGAGAGGAGAUGGCCUUUUUUCCCACCCUGUCCCUCUGGAACCCUUCUCCGGCAUCUUCUUCCCUGUGCCCUGGCCCAGUGGGGCGCCCUGUGCUUGGUCUCUGGCAAUCUCUCCCGUCCUCCUGGAUCCCCUCCUCCCAAACCACAAAGCGCCUGCAGCUUCGAGCUCCUUUGUCCCUGGUCCUCAAGUGGUUUCCUUCAGUCUCAACUCAGAGGGUCCCCCCAGAGCAGAUGAGGCCUCUCCAAGAGGCAGGGGACAGACAGAGCCGGCAGGAUGCCCGGCCUCAGACCCACUGGCAGUGCGUGAGCAUGUUGAGAGUGUAAGCUUGUGUUAGAAGAGUGUGGUGUGUGUGUGUGUGUACCCGUGUACUGCUUGCAGGCGAGCAGCAUUCCUAAUGUAGCCCGACGUCUCCCCUGCUGGGUGUCUGCCACCAUUGCUGCUCAUUUUCACAGUCUGCCUCUGAUUAAGGUGAAUCGCUAUGACAUUCCAAGCUCCAAUAAAGACUGUCUCAAACUUU